GCGCAACAGUAACAACAACAGUGACAGUAACUCUUUCAACUACUUUUUAACCUUCAAGUCAAGUGCUAAAAGAAAAUAAAAGAGACAACAUGAGCAACAACGAAAACAAUCAGCCAAAAGCAGCUCGCAUCUCGACCAUUUCGAAGACAUCUCCAACUCGUCUUUCCUGGUUUUUGGCUGAGAUCGACGAAGGCGUCGCCGACAACGGCAAAGCAAAUGGCAAGAAGCGUCUUUGUGUGCUCCACAGCAUGGAGUUGCUCGAGGCUGAUGUCUCCGAUAAAUACAUGACUCGCUUCGUCGAGUUCCGCCUCAAUGGCAAGCGACUGGAAGCGAAGUUGAUUCUCGCUUCCGACGAUCGCAAAGUUGUUGAUGCGGCACUCGAAUCAAUGAGCAAGGAGCCCAGAGAUGAGGAGGAUGAUGGCAGACAGAUGCUGAUACAAUACCAUGAGGAACAUGGAAACACCAGGCGACUCUUCCAAAAGGUGAUCUCGCCGGUACAUGUCGUCUGGAUGAGCGUGAAUCCCGAGAUUGGCGGCACUCCACUGAUCAAAUUGAGUGAUCGUUGCAUUGCCCACGUGCUGAAUGCCUAUGAGAAGCGCGAUUACAUGGAGAAGAUGCUGCUGCAUGUGAAGGCCGCCUGCUUCGAUCAUGCCUUCGAUGAGCCACUUGAAGACAGACCACAGGCGCCCAUGGAUGAGAACAGUUGGAUGCUGGUUCAGUACAGUCCCGAGCCGGAGAUUGUCAUCUAUCAGGUUGUGCCCUACUCACAGACCGUGUGGCGUGAGGAGAAUCUCUUCAAAGAUGUGAUUGCCUAUCUGCGUCUGCCUGGCAGCGAGGUCAUCCUUCAGGCCGUCGUCAUUUGCUACAGCCAGGACGAACAGGCCAUGCACAAAAAGUACGAUCAGCUGGCCAGCUAUGCCUUGGAGAUUGACUUUCCCAAGCCCGAUGACAUGGACUACGAUCUGCUGGAGAACAAAGGCACCGCUGCACUCUUUGCUCGCACUAGCACCACGCUCUUCCAGCGUGCCGAGCAGCGUGAUUCAACUGGCGCUCAUCGGCGGGCACGACGUCAUCUCGAAGAGCUGACCGAGAAUGCCGAGAACGAGGCUCAGAUGAUCAUCGAUGCCUUCGACAAGGUCGACAGCCUCAGAAUGCAGCAGCAGGAGCGUCUCGACAAUGGGCCAUCUACUUCAUCACCUCGCAUUUAAUCAGCUACAAUUUCCUAUGA